CUGGUGGUGCGUUUGCGCCUCCUGUCUUGAAAGAGAGGUGAAGAAGAGUUUACUUUCCAGAGUUCAAGGUUUGGUUUCGGCGUUCGUCUGGAGUUAAGGGAUUUGCCGAGGCAUAAAGCCCCUUUUCACGGAGCCAAGAUGAUGAACAUGUGGAAGGUUAGGGAGUUGGUUGACAAAGCAACUAACGUGGUGAUGAACUACUCAGAGGUGGAGUCUAAAGUCAGAGAGGCCACCAAUGAUGACCCCUGGGGACCAUCAGGACAGCUGAUGAGUGAAAUCUCAAGAGCCACCUUCAUGUAUGAGCAGUUCCCAGAGGUGAUGAACAUGCUGUGGGCCCGCAUGCUGAGGGAUAACAAGAAGAACUGGAGGAGAGUCUACAAGUCCCUGCUACUGCUGGCCCAUCUAAUCAGGAAUGGAUCAGAGAGGGUUGUUACCAGUGCUAGAGAACAUCUGUAUGACCUGAGAUCAUUAGAAAGCUACCACUUUGUGGAUGAGAAUGGGAAGGACCAAGGUGUGAAUGUGCGUCAGAAGGUGAAGGAGAUGGUGGAGUUUGUCCAGGAUGAUGACAGGCUUAGGGAAGAACGGAAAAAAGCAAAGAAGAACAAAGACAAAUAUAUUGGGGUAUCGUCAGACAGUAUGGGAUACCGAAGUUACUCGGGGGACAGGUACGACUCCAGCGAUAGCCGGGGAAAGUGGGACGACGACUGGGAGAAGAAUAAAGGGCAAUUCCCUUUCAGCGAGAAGUUGGGGGAGAUCAGCGACAAAAUCGGCAGCACUAUCGACGAUACCAUAAGCAGAUUUAGGAAGAAGGAUAGAGACGACUCACCAGAUCGAUUUAGUGACAUUGAGGAGGACCGGGGUCGCUCGUCUCACAAUGGCCAGUCAGGAAAAGACUUUAAAGAUGAAGAAGAGACUGUCACCACCAAGAGUGUACACAUAGUCCAAGCAACAGAGACGACAGCAACACGGAAGAGAGGAGGGGUCCCGUCUCGGAAAGUAGACUUGGGGGCCGCAGCCAACUUCACAGGAGACAAGAGCCCAGACACCACCACCAAACAGCCCCAGCCUGCAGCCCCUCAGCCCUCCAGUACCGGACUAGCUGACCUACUAAUGGUGGACACAACACAGAGCCAGCCUGCUGCCACAGACCUGAUCGGUGGAUUUGCUGACUUCUCCUCGCCUGCUGCCUCCAUCAGCCUCUCCUCUGCAGCACCAGUCUCUAGCAGCAAUGGAGACUUUGGAGAGUGGAAUGCCUUCCCUGGAGGUCAGAUGCCAGCAUCUGCUCAGACUGUUGACAACAGUGGAAAUGACCUUUUUGGAGCCAUGGCAGCAGGUCCUGCCGCCGCCCCCGCCCCAGUCUUAGCUUCAGGCUCUGGUCCUGCCUCAGCAGACCUGUUUGACUUGAUGGGGCCAACACAGUCCCUCACCUCCUCCCAGAGCCUCAACUUUAGCAUGAGCAGCACACAUAGCAUGAGCACCACAGUCCUGCCCCAGUCUAGGUCACAGCCCCUCCAGAACAUGGGGGGUCCUCUACAACCGCAGUCUGUCAUGCCCUUCCAGCCUGUGCAGCAGGGAGUGUCCUCUCAAGGUGCCGGAGCCAAAGCGUCCCUCCCUUCCACCUGGUCAGACCACUCGGUUAACAUCAAUCUGGACUUCCUAGGCCCAGGCGUCCAGCCACCCAAGCCUAGUCAGCCCAGCCUCAACACCCUCCAACAUGGCAACCAGGUACCUGCCAACAUGCUCUCCCAGGGAUUUUCCAGUAUGAGCCUUGGACCUACACCAGUCAGACCACCUGUAAAUCCUAUGAUGCACCCUGGUGCUGGCAUGGGAAUGGGCAUGGGGAUGGGGAUGGCCCCCAACCAGGGCAUGAUGGGGAUGGGCAUGAACAUGGGGAUGCCACAGGGAGGUAUGAACCUGGGGAUGCCACAGGGAGGUAUGACCAUGGGGAUGCCCAGUGCGAUGGGGAUGGGAAUGGGGAUGGGGAUGAACCCUGCAAUGGUCCAACAGGCCAAACACGAUGCCUUUGCUGACUUCGGCAACUUUGGAAAGUGAUGGAGCUGGAGAGCAAAGAUUAUCUGGUGGAGUGGUGUCGGUUGGUCGGUCGGUCUCUCUCUCUCUCUCUCCCUCCCUCCCUCCCUCCCUCUCUCUCUCUCCGUCCGUCCAUUGGUGAAGGAUUGUUAUGAGCUGCAAACAAAGAGUACUUGAAUAAUGUCAACUAUCACAAUAUCAACACCCUGCAAUCUCCUUAUUUUUUUAAAAAGUAAUGCUGUAGUGAUAUGGAUCUAAAUGAAUGUCUGAUUGUGUUGAUUGUACCAAUGAUGUGGCUGGUCUGGGGUGAUGGUCAGGCACACAAUGAUGACAGUGUGCCUUGUUGGUUACUUAUGAGACCGUGAGAAGAGGGAAGAGUGUGCCACCAAGACAAUGUCAGGGGGAUUUGCUUUAUAACCUCAAUCAAAUGAAAUCACCAGAAUAGCAAAAAAUAUCUGUAGCUGCAUAAUUUUUUUGAGAUGCCUUCUUAGUAACUUUGCUGAGUUUGAAUAACAUGAUCAGCCAUUUUAACUUUCUAAUGUACAUUUAAGAAUGUCAGGUUACUUCUUUUUAUUUUCUUCUUGUUCUUCCUUUGGCCUGUAAAUAGAAAUCUGGAGCCCUUAAAAAUAAGUUAUAAAGUUCCUAUAGGAGAGGAAGUGACAGUGUGAAGAGUUGUAUCAUACAGACCAAAUCUGAUAUGAAUUAAGACCUAUAACAAAGCACAUUGACACCUUCUCUUUGUACAUAAGUGUCCACACACUCCAAAUGUGGCCUAUCAGUGCUACAACGUAAUGAAUGAGUGUUUGGAGUGAAGGCUAUUGAUUCAUUUGAGGAGUUUCUCCCAUCAUUUGUGGCCUUUCCUAUAACUAUAUAUAUCUAUAUAUUUUACUUAUGAAGAAUAUUAUAAUCAGUUUGCAUCCAAAUGAGAUAAUCAGUAGGUAGAAAAGGCCUCAUACAGGGGUUGUGGGUUCUUUAUUACAGCACAGAGUGCCUGAAAGACCUUUGCCUUUUCUCUUCAGUUAACCUCUUUGAAGGAGACAAUGUGACUGUGCAGGGUUGAGGACAGCUACCAGAACCAGAGCUUCUGUACUAUGUACAAACGUGUCUGUCUGUAUUUAUGCCUCAAGCCAAGUGUACUGUCUGUACAGAUAUCAGAUGCAAUCGUAUAAUUAUUUCACUCACUCUGUUUUGUUUGUCCCAUGCACAUUUAUAUUAUUUCCAUUCUAUUCAGGUCAGUGAUAACUUCAGAGCUCAAAAAACAACCACGAUGAAAAUAAUAUUGAGAAAUAUCGAGCUCAACUUAAUAACAUUCUGUAUCAACACUUGAGGUGUUGAAUUAAGAUUGCAUCGCAUAUCUGUCUGUUAAAUGUUCACCAGCGCAUCUUGGUGAAUGCUGCCUUCUCAACUUCCAUUUUUUAUUAAUGUUACACAUUAAAAACAGUAAUCUUAAACGCUGUCAUAGCCGUCAUCAGUCCAAGUCUGCGUGUUUUGCAACUCAUCAGGAAGAUUGUGAGAGGAAGCACUUUUACCAGUUGGGAUGCAGUUUGUACACACCCAGUACGUUAUGGUGGUUGAAUGAAGAUGUGCUGAGGGAUAGUGCAUAAUGAACAAGCCCAUUCAGCUGUACACCAGCUAACUGACCUGUUAGAUGUACAAAACAUUGCUCUUCAGUGGUUCAAGUGCCUACCGAUGGUUGCCUCCUGACACUCGUAAUGAGUGAUUGAUAAGUAUAUCUUGGCUGCCUGACAUUUUUUGGUUUUUCAACCAUUAGAUAAAUAAUUCACUGACCAGAGGAGAGGGCAGUGGAUGCUGCAGCCCCAAGAGAAUUGAAGUUGUGCUUUCCUAGUCUCCAAGGGCUCAAGAGGCUGAGCACACUAACACGUAAUAGCCUUGCAUCGGAGUUUGAAGCGUUUAAAUGACCAAAAUCUGUUUGUUUUUCUAAAAUAUAUCCGUAGAGGUUGUCUGAUUCAUUUUGUUUUCUACUUCAAAUUGUUUUGAUCUUCUCUAAAAUGGGAUUGUUACUGAAACACUAGCUUAUGCAAAUGUAAAAAAAACAACAAAGAAAAUCCUUUGAGAAAAUGAAAUUUUGCAUUAUUGCCAUUUUGAUUUGAUUUACACAUCAAGAUUCUUUAUCUACAACAUUAAACAGUUGAUUGAAA